AUGUCUUCGGAUUCUUUUAGCACCAACCAGACUUACUUCCAAUUCGACUGGCCCGCAGAGAUCACAGGUCUCGAGCGUAUUGCACUAACCGCCAAAGGCGACCUCCAGCGCACUCUCAGCGCCUACUUUUCCAAACCUAUCAGCGUGCAGCGCAUCUGGGAAACCCCCGCAUCGGGCCCAGUCUCGUCCGCCUCGCCCGAGACACCCGUCACCCAAACCAGGCGCGUAAACUUGAUGUGCGAAGGCCAUGUUGCGUGUGUGUGCAUUAGCACCAUCAAGAUGUCGACCCAGGAGACCGCCCAUCUUUUCCUGGAAGAAAAGUUCGCAAUUGGACAAAUGUUCCGCCGUAUGAGCAAACCAGCCGCGUUCCAGCUCAUUUCGGCUGGAGUUGAGCCUUCGCUUGCCGGGCACGGUCAAGAAAACUUGUGGAGGACUUAUACCCUCAAGACCGACGGAUUUGAAUGUGAGAUCAAGGAAAUCUUCCCGGAUAGGAGGAUGUUUGCUUCGCCUCAGUCGGCUGAAUGCUGGAUGCACCGCGUUCCCACCGCCGAUGAAGGCGUAGUUCCGGACAAGACCCCCAAGGCAGCCAUGAUGACUCUUGCUUUUAAUAUUCGGUACGAUACUCAGGCUUUCAAUAUCGUACCCCUUGGCUCUGAAGGGGACAUAUUUCCACGAGUGAAUACUUCAAAUGUUGAAUGGGGUGAAAGACCUUGGUAUCAGCGCAGAGCGCCUCUUGCAGACCAAGUUUUGUGGGAAAAUCCGAGUGUGAUUGGUUUCCAGGAGGUUCUCUGGAACCAAAUUGGAGAUUUAGCUCAAUUGUUAGGCGAGGGAUGGGGCUGGACCGGUGUGUGCCGGAACGAUGGAAAGCGUCAAGGAGAAGCAGUACCUAUUUUCUGGCGCAAGGACGUUGCAACUCUGAAGAACGUUGAACACUUUUGGCUCAGUGACACACCCGAAAAACCGGGAAGUGUAGGUUGGGACGCUGGGCAAACUCGAAUGGCAACACUUGCAGAAUUCACGACGGCGCGCACUGAAAGCAGCAAGCUGAUCCUUGAUCACGUUGAUAAGCUUGUCGAUCGGAUAUCCCCCUCGGGCCAGGCUCCGUUGAUUUUCCUUGUAGGAGACCUCAAUUCGCCCGAUACCGAGGAUGGAUACCGAUCUCUGACUAGAUGGCGUUAUGUCGACGAUGGGUCGAGUCCUCAGCAGGGUGGACACACAUUCUUCUUGGAUUCUCGGUACGAGCUGCAUACUCGUGUUUCAAAUUUCAAUACGGCUAGACUUUUGGGAGCGCGAUAUGGGGAUUGGCUGGCAACUUUUACGGGGUUCGGGGAGCAUGAUCAUAGAAAUGUGAUCGAUGUGGUCCUGGUUGCGGAUACAGGCGCCGUUGCAGCCGUAUCUCCGGCCGGUACGAGAGAUAGGCAAGAUAAUGCUCAAAAGGUCAUGCAAACGGGCCAGCAACAAUGGGCUGUGACGCGCUACGGCGUCAUACCAAAUAGAUUCGAAGGAGGAUUUCUUGUCAGCGACCAUCGGAUGGUGGUCGCUACUUUCAAGCAAACAGUUGUAGGCUUGCCCGAGUUGUGA